UUAUUUUCUAGUUUAUUAAAAGUUUAGCGUAUUGAUCUUGUGAUUAAGACCUAAGAAUUAUAUUUUGAAAAUGAUUUUGUUUUGAAUAACUUCAUCUAAAAACAGAAAAAUGUUUGAAAGUCCUGAUACUCUGGAAGAACUUUGCUUAGAGGCAUUAUGUGAGAAUAUUUUGACAUAUAUAGAGCCUGCAGAAACAGUGGAAGACGAGGAGAGUGAUCAUUGGGGUGAAGUUACAGUGUACAAAUUUAAAGAUCCUGAGAUCUUCCUCAUUAGAGAAGUAUCUGAAAAAUUGCUCAAAAAGUUCGUGGAGAAAAGACUGUUAUGUGAUUCACUUUUACAAAUUUUCACCCAAUUGAAUACAAAAUUAAAAACCAUUAGGUUAAAGAGAUCCAAGAUAACCAAGGCUGGCUUAAAAAUAAUAAAAGAACAUAAAAUUGUUCAAUUAGAGUGUGUAGAUAUGCCAAAAAUUGGAAUUGGUGAUAUUUUAGAUUGUUUAAAUGAGUGGUCAGUAGAAAAUAUGUCCAGUGUAAAUUUUGCAAAAUGUAGCUUUAUUGACGAUAUAUCUAGAUAUAAUUUUAUGGUAAGAAUAUUACAUUUAGUCAAUCUAACGAGACUUAAUUUGGCCUACACGGAACUAAAUCAAAAGGUAUUCGAGUAUAUAUGUGAAGAUUUAAAACAUUUACAAAACUUGGAUAUCUCUGGAACCCAAGUAACUGAUCUCAGGCCUUUGACGCAACGCUCGGCGAAACUACAGAGCUUGUCUAUAUGUGAUUUAUCCUGUGCCGAUCAUGUUGCAGAUACUCUACAGAAAAUGCACCUUCUACGACAUUUAGACAUUAGUUUUUUUAACGACAAAAUCGACAACAAUGUAAAUCACCUAGACAUCUUACCAAAACUAGAAGAUCCAAAUGUCUUACCAGAAAUCAUGUUACUAGAUGUAUCUGGAUGGAAACAUUUCAUUUGCAGACAGUUUUUACUAAAAUUUAUCGAAACGCAUCCGAAAUUACAUGUAAUAGGUAUUGUUCUUUGUUCUAUUACAUUUGAUCCUGUUUUCUCCGACAUGGGUGAUAUAGAGUAUCCUAAAAAUUUGAUCAUCGCAGGUUUGGGAAACGAGGAACAGAUUAAAGUGACUUUAACUAAAUAUAAAGACAAGUAA